GAAGCUCAUCUCAUUGCACCACUGUGGUCAUACUUGAUCAAAAAUAAUACCUAUCAAAUUACAAUGUGCAGUAUAUCCAUUUCAAAUAUUGGCUAUUGUUCACCGCUUCGAUAAACUGAAAUAACGAGCGCGUCUGCUUCUCGUCAAUGCACGAGCGUAGCGCAAGCAAAUAGUGCAAAUAGUACAAUUACUUUCUUUUUUUACUGAGUAACGGGACGUUCUAGGCAAUGAGUGAGUGCAGUGGUUAUUAUAAAGUUAAUAAAUUAUUAUUCUGACGCAUUUGGUGUGCAGUUAAGAUUGGCAGGUUCGUGGGAUGGGGGCGAAAUAUGUCACUUCGCGGAGCGAUAUAGUGCAAAUGAGGCCACAUCGGCAGUGACGCGGUCCCUAGUGUUUCCGGGCAACUUCGCAGAGAAGAGACUAGCGAAUAACAUUUCAGGACUAAACAACGAUACAUACGUUGACUACAGGUAGUUUGCCAGCCACGAGGGGAACAUUGACUAUUCAGUACUUCAUAUUUUCCAAGUUUGAAGACCUAACAUAAUAAAAUGGCUGACCAACUGACUGAGGAGCAGAUUGCUGAGUUCAAGGAGGCGUUCUCACUGUUCGACAAGGACGGCGAUGGCACCAUCACCACCAAGGAGCUGGGCACUGUCAUGCGCUCUCUGGGACAGAACCCUACUGAGGCAGAACUACAGGACAUGAUCAACGAGGUAGACGCUGAUGGUAAUGGAACGAUCGAUUUCCCAGAGUUCCUGACAAUGAUGGCAAGGAAGAUGAAGGACACAGACAGCGAGGAGGAGAUCAGAGAAGCCUUCAGAGUCUUUGAUAAGGAUGGGAACGGCUACAUCAGCGCGGCAGAGCUGCGGCACGUCAUGACCAACCUCGGGGAGAAGCUCACAGACGAGGAGGUGGACGAGAUGAUCCGCGAGGCCGACAUUGAUGGAGAUGGACAGGUCAACUAUGAGGAGUUUGUGCAGAUGAUGACAGCCAAGUGAAGUGGACUGUGCUCUCACACAUUUCUCUCUCUCACAUUGCUUGUCCUCCUAAGAUCACUCUGUCUUUAAGAAAACAAACCAAUAAUCAAGCCAAAAUGUAAAACAAAAAAUGAUUCAAUGUACAAAAUUCUUUAAUCAAAAAAAAUCCAACUACUUCUACGGGAUCUGUUUUAAGAGCGACUGCAGAUGAAUCCCUAACAGAGGUUAAUGGACCAAGCUUUAACGAGGCGUGAGGACCUUACUCCAGAGUAAGAUCCUUCGGAGGCUCCCAGAUGCCGACUAAAUUUGAGGAAAGGGCAACACGGACGAGGCAGAGGGAUAGGAAUCCAUACCAGAUAUGGCUGUCUUUCCUCAUAGAGAGAAGCUUACUAUUUUGAGCCUUUUUCCUAUCCUGAAAACAAUUUAGGCUAACGGUGCAGUCACAAAUCGCAGUGCUGAUUUCUUACAUUGAAUUGGGUAACUGCCUUCUUGCAUGCACCCCUUCUGAGACAGUCAUGUCACAACAAGGUGGUUCUGAUCCCAUUGUGGAUUGUAUACACACUGGAGGUAUAUACAUAAAUAUAUUGCUAUACACUGAGUGUACAGAACAUUGGGAACACCUUCCUAAUAUUGAGUUGCAACCCCCCCCUCACUUGCCCUCAGAACAGCCUCAAUUUGUCUGGGCAUGGACUCUACAAGGUGUCGAAAGCGUUCCACAGGGAUGCUGGCCCAUGUUGACUCCAAUACGUCCCAUCGUUGUCAAAGUUGGCUUGAUGUGCUUUGGGUGGUGGCCCAUUCUUGAAAUACACAGGAAACUGUUGUGUGAAAAACCCAGUUGUGUUGCAGUUCUUGACACACACUCAAACUGGUACGCCUGGCACCUACUACCAUGCCCCGUUUAAAGGCACUUAACUUUUGUCUUGCCCAUUUAACCUCAAUGGCACACAUACAUUGUAAAAUACAUGUCACUAACGGUUGGUGCACGAAUUACAGUGGAAGGAGUUUCAUUGGUGCUAGGUUGAGAGAAUUCUCCCAUCCCUAAGGGGUUGUAGGGAGUUGAUUUAGAAAAGCACUGGUUGGUUGGUUUUAAUAGGCUUUUUUUUAGUUGUUUGGGCAGGCUGUUGUCUUUCAUUCUCAUACACAAGGCUUUUAAUUUCCCAGCACCACUGACCUAUGGCAUAGGAGUAUGUAGAUGAGCAGUUUCAUAUCGUUGAUUAUGGUAACACACUUUGAGAGCAUUGCUGUAAAUAUAUUUUAUCUGCUAACAUAUAUCCUGAUACAAAUAGUAAUGUUCUGCUUUUUAAAUGUGUUAUCAAAUAUUAAUAUAUAAAUUAAACAUUUUGGUCACAAAUAUUACUAUAUCUAAAACUUUGCAUGACCUAUUGUUGAUCUAGUAUGACCUGUGAUGUUUUGAAAUGUGCCAUAAUACUCGAAAGCCUCAAUCUUCUUGCAAGAGCGCUUCUUGCAAGAGCAAAUUAGAACAUAUGAAUAUACAAUAUAAACUAUAUACAGUACAUACCUAUUUGCACUUUGGUGGAAAUCGUAUAUUUGGAAAUGUUCUGAAAAAGUCAACGUUGCUGCUGCUGGAAUAACUCAUUUUGUCUCUUGCUCCUAUGGAUUUGUCAGAUCCUCAUGUUGUCAAGUGUUCACAUCUUUUAUCUGUGCUCUGCUUGCUGUUCUACUGAACAGAGUAUAUAUUCACUAAUAUAUUUAUUUUUGUCAGUGAGUUGAAAAAAUACAUUUCAGGCUCGUAUAAAUUAAGGGUUUAAAAUGUAUUUAGGGUUGAAUGGCAGGAAUGCUAGCGUAGGUAUUGAAUUGUUGCUUAAAAGACAACUUUGGGACUAACAUUUUCUGGCUAGCUUUUACUGGUUGGUUAACUUUUGAUUGAAAGGUUGGAAAAGACACAUGGUUAAGGACUGUUAAUCUUCUGGAGAUAGCGUACAAAUUUAAAGAUGUGAAAUAUUGUUUGCCAUGAAUAAAUAAAGUGACUGUACUUCACUCUAUAUGA